GAAGGCCUCGAACUUGACGAGGAUGAAGAGGAGAAAAAGAAACGAGAGGAAGAGGCGAAACAAUAUGAGGAUCUAUGUAAACAAGUUAAAGAAAUUCUCGGUGAUAAGGUUGAAAAGGUUCUUGUGUCAAACCGUAUAUCUGAAUCACCAUGUGUACUCGUGACUGGUCAAUAUGGUUGGUCCGCGAACUUUGAACGUAUCAUGAAAGCUCAAGCUCUUCGUGAUUCUAGCAUGGCUUCUUACAUGGCUUCAAAGAAAAUCAUGGAGAUCAAUCCACACCAUCCUAUCAUCAAAUCCCUCAAAAAUAAAGUUGAGGUCGAUAAGAAUGAUAAAACCGUCAAGGAUCUCACGUGGCUUCUUUUUGAGACUUCACUCUUACAAUCUGGGUUCAGCUUGGAAGAACCAUCGUCCUUUGCCGGAAGGAUUUUCAAGAUGAUUAAACUUGGUCUGGAUAUUGGUGAGGAAGAACCAGAGGCAAUGGAAACCGAGGAAGCCCCAGUAGUAGAUAAUGCCGCAGCCGAAGCUUCAAAAAUGGAGGAAGUUGACUAA